UCCCCGGCGGCUCCCGAGCCGAUGCCCCGCGGGGGGAAGGAGCGGCCGGGACGGUCUCCCCGCUGGGCUCCCGACGGCCUUCCUGGCUCCGUGUGGGCGCUGCCGCCGCCGCCGCCGGCCGGGGCUCUCCGCCCUGGAGCGGCGCUUCCUUCGCUCUCUGCCCUCGGCGGCGGCGGCGGCGGCGGCUCCUUCUGCCCGAAGGACAAAGGGCGCCGCUGCUUCCCUCGCUCUUCGGUCGGCCUCGGGCGGGCCGCUUGCAGGAUGCUUCCCCGGAGGCUCCUGGCUCGGAUCCCGCCCGUCCGUCGCCGAAGAGCCGGAGCCGUUUGCAGCCGAGCGAGGAAGGCGCAGGCCAGGCUGAAAGGGCCGCCCAGUGCGGGGCCCCGUUUCUGUCCCCUGGCCCGGGAAGAACCGGCAGCGCUCAGCCAGGAGGGACGCCGCGCUCUUGCUCUGUCAGAUGGAAACCUCCCCGAAGACCCUUUUCCUUCCUCCGGGAUCCAAAUAUUUGGACCGGCGAGCAGAGCUUCCCAUUCAGUGCAGUCUCUGGUCUUGCAACACGGGGCAGAAAAAGAUCCCCACGAUCCCUUCUAGCCCCCCCCCCUAAGGUCUCCCCGCUGCCCAGCCCCCUCUUUCCGCCCCCCUCGGGAGGAGUCCCAGCCCCCCGCCCCGUCUCCACGGGGGCUCCCUGCCCAUUGGGCGGAAUGCGGUGACGUCAUAAAGCCCUCCGGGGAUUCUCCUGGGAUUCCAAGGCUCCAGGCAAGUGAUUCCUGGUCCUUUGGGCCUCCCCUCACCCCCCACUCCGUCCCCUGGGCAGUGCCCGCCAGCCGCCACCAGGGCCCCCCCUGCCAAAGGCCCGUUUCCCUCCAAGCCCAGGCGGCAGCACCCUGCAACCACAGGGAAGCUUUUGAAAGAAAGAAAAGACCAAAGCUCUGGGCAGGAUGGUGGUCCCUGCAGGGAGACCCUCUGUGAAUCCCGGGGCUGAAAGGGAGAAUGGCGGCUGCCACUGUUUUGCCAAGCAGUUGGUGGCACCUUCAGCAAUCGAGCGCCCCCUCCCCCGCUCCAGAGGCCCUUCUGGGCUGCUUCUGGGGGGGGGGGGGCUGGGGGGCUGGGAUCAAGCCACUUUCAUGCGGCUUUUGGGCUUCAGGGCCCAGCAGCUGCUGCGGUUCUUGGCCCAACCAUUACGGCUUCUUCCACAAACCCUGGCGGAGCUCUAUGAGAACUGAGCCAGUGCCUGCCAUCCACGUUUCCCAGGCUGCUACAGGGACGGUGCCAGCAGAGACAGGAUGCUGAACGGCCCCGUCCGGGUCGCCCCUGAGUGGAAGGAGCUCCAGGACCAACUCAGGGAGAGGCUGGAGCUGCAAAAGGCCUUGCCGGAAGGGGCGGAGGGGACCCCCCUUCUCCUGAGCGACAGGCCCAGCAUCGUCUUCCGGGAGAGCUGCUUCCCCAGCUACAUGCCGCUCUUCUGCUACUAUGCAACCGAGUGGGGGAACUUCUUUGCCUCGUUCACCUGGAAGAGGGCCAGGCAGAGCAGGGUGCGUGUCUGGAGUUAUAGCAUGGAGGACGAGAGUUCAGUGACGGAGAAGAUGUACACCUUAGAUGAGCAUCCGGGGGUCCUCAUCAUCGCCUACGUCCCCCACCUGCACCUCUUUGUGGCCUACUGCGAUGACAUCCACUUCCGCUUUUUUGGGGACCACACUCGGGACUUCAAGCUGCUCUCCAAGAUGUCUUCCCCCUAUUCGGUCACCAGCCUGUGCUACAGUCCAGACACGUGUGAGCUGAUUUCUGGAGCCAUCGGAGUGGUGGCUUUUUGGGCCUUGUUGAUGUUGGAGGUUCCCUCCAUGAGUGUCACGCAGGAGGUGUGUGUUGCGACUGGCGAGUUUGUGCACUUUCUGAAGGUGGAGCCGGAGCGGAGGAUGCUGGUGGCCCUUUGCGAGAACGUUAUUCGGGUGUAUGACUACCAGACCAAAGCCCAGAUCCGCACCUUCCAGAUGAGCCAAGGGGUCUCUCUCACCUGCUGCGCUGCCCAUUGGCCCCAGAGCUUCCUCUACACAGGAGACCUGGCUGGGGACGUCAAGGUCUGGAACUUUGACGCGGGUACCCGUGUCAGGGACUUCAAGGCCCACCAGAGUGCCAUCAGCAACGUAAUCGUCCGGAUGGCCGUGCACAGCUUCAUGACUGCCUCCUUGGAUGGAAAGCUGAAGGAGUGGAACCUGACGACCUGCGAGCUUCUCCGGCGGGUGGACAUUGGGGAGGAGGUCUUCCAGAUGCAGUUCCUCAACGAGGAGACUUUCUUCCUCCGCACCCAGUACACCUUCUCCAUCCGUAUGGUCAACAAUUUCUACCAGCUCUUCAGCAGGAGCAAGUCCUCCCUCAAGAGGUUGGUGCGUGUACAAUGUGGGCCAGACAGAGCCCGCCUCCUGGCCACCACGGAAGACGGGGUCCUCCGGUUCUUGUCCCCUGUGACGGGAGAAAUGCUGUUCGUUACCUGGCCCUUCCAGCUGCUGGAAAAAGCUCUGGAUUAUGUUUAUGACCCAGAUCGAGAGGAGCUCCUGGUGACAAUGGGCACGAGUGACAUCUACGUGCUGGACACCACUAAGAACCCUUGCCCAGCCAAGUACAUUUUGCACACGACGGACAGCAUGGAUGACAAGGUCCUGUGCUUGGCGUACAGCCGCCUGGACCUGGAUGGCCGGGCCACCAGCUUCAUCUUCAGCGGGUUCAAGAGUGGCAAAGUGCGCUCGGUCACUCAGCAGCUGUACCGAAUGGGCAGCCGCAAACUGCACGACGGCAACGUGGUGGCCCUCAGCAGCCUCUCGGGCUCAGGGCACCUGCCGUACCACUCACGGGAAGCCUCCUUCCUCUGCUCCUACGGGCUCGAUGAAUACAUCAUCCUCUCGGAAGUGAUCUUGAAGAAGAACAGCCUGCUGGAGGUGCUCCCCCUGGUGGUCAUCCCCAGCACCAACUGCAGGAUCAACAUCCUCCUGCUCAUCCCCGGGUACAUCUGUGCCUUGACGGAGCAGAACCGAGUCCGGCUGUGGCGCCAGGCAGCCCUGGUUCCUGGCGCGAAGAACCCCUUCUGGAAUGAGACGGCAGCCAUGCACUCGAGCACCAUCACCUCUUUCGACUACUGCCACGCCCUGGGCCUCCUGGUGACCGGGGGCUCCGACGGCUCCGUGCGCAUUUGGGACCUCCUGGGGAAAAUGCUGGUGGACUUUGACACCACCCUCAAGUUCAGCCGCGUCUGUUUUGCCAACCAACGGGGGGACCUGGUGGUGGGCUGCAGCACGGACAUCUACUUCAUCUCCUGCGUCACGUACCUGCCAAGGAAGCCCCUCGCCAGGCUCUUGACCCAGCGUGUAAGGGAUGACGCAGUUGAGCGUCCACUGCCCUUCCUCCCCCGCUUCCUUCUUACCUUCGACAUCGUUUUUGUGCCCAAGUACCUGCAGGUGGGCAAGCAGGCCAAGAAGUUUGAGCGGAUGGAGCCCCUCACCAACCACAAGGAGGUCGUGAUGGAGAAGAAUGUGGCCGUGGUGGUGGAGUUCGUCGGCAGGGAUGGGGGCGUCUUUCCCGGCCCCGAUUUCUAUGGGCUGCCCCCACCGCCCCCCAAGGAAACCCUGCCGGAGUUUGCGGUGGAGUACCAGCUCAUUUCGCAGCCCCCUCUCAGGCUUUCCUUGGAGAAGAAGCUCGCUCCCCCACCGCCUUACCGUGGCCUCCCACGGAUGGUGCAGCAGUUGCCCUUGCUCCAGACCAUCCGCUUCCAGCAAGGGCACUCCUGGCCGAUUGCUCCCGACGGCUACGUCCCCAACUCAGUCAUCCGGGCUCAUCUCUUCCCCAAAGGGACUCCCCCAGACCUCUGGUGCCCCUUGCUGCCAACCCGGGACCCCCUGCCCAGGAGGAAGCUGGUCAAGAUCCAGAUGCCGGAGUGGGACACGUCCGAGCUGAUGGAGAAGGCGCGGAAGAAAAAGGCCCAGAAGAUGAAGCAGACGCCCUCGGGCACCAGGGCCCACCGGGACCUCUUGGCGGAGAUCAUGAACAAGCGCUGGCUGAGGCACAAGCCCAGCGACACCACCCUGCCCGCCAUCAUGAAAGCCAUCCUCAACCUCAUGGACGAUGUCCCCUACUCCACCUACCUGCUCUGCACCUCCGCGCUGGUGCAGCUCUCCGAGUCCUACGCGCUGCCCUCCAGCAUACAGGAAGUGGCCUUUGAGCGUCUCAUCCAAGACACCACACACAAGGAGGUGAGGAUGCGGCUGGCGGCCUGGGAGGCCUUGGGGAAGAUGGACCUCCUGGGUGAACAAGAGGUGGUGCCCCUGGCCCAGGCCCUGAUGGACGAGAACAAGAAAGUGCGGGACCUGGCGCGUUCCCUGCUCGACUCGGUGGCCGGAAUCACCGACAAAUUCGUCCUGAAACAGGAAAUGCAGCAUCAGGCGACAGCCCACCUGGAAGACCUCAGGGUGCUGAGCCAGAAAGAAAGAGCCGCCUUUCCUCGCAGAGUCCGAGCGGCUGGCAUCGUGGCCAGCUCGAAGGAUGAAGCCAUCUACGCCUUGACGGAGGGCACCGAAAGGCUGAUGACCUGCGUGGAGAAUCAGCUGACCGCCAAUCUCUUCCUCAUGUCUGAGUAUCCCUUGCCAGAGGCCCAAUUCUUGGGGCACCCUGCCCCUCCCCGGCACAGGCGCAUCUCUGGAAAACUGGCCGAGGAGUACGGAGAGCCGGAAGGGCUAGAGGCAGGCCAGGCCCGGUGGAUGGGGGUCUUUGGCCGCUCGGGAAGAAAAGAGGUCGAGGCUCGAGCUAUCACCGAGGAGGCCAAGCAGCCCUCCCCCAGGAAGCUGCCCCGCAUCCAGCAGGCCCGAGGGAAGGGGGUUACCAUGGCGCCAUUCCCUGAAGCCCCAGAGAGCAGCAGCAGCCCCAGCCGGCACACCACCAGCGCCAGCGGCUCCCCCACCACGAGCAGCGGCAGCUCCGGCACAAGAGAGCUGCGGGCCGCCAAGAAGGCGCAGCGUGAAAAGGAGAAGCUGCGGCAGGCCAGGGCCCCGCCCUCCGCUCCCCAAGAGGUCCACAGGCUCAGGAAGCUGCGGAAGCGGGCCCAGCCUAUUCUCCUGCAGCGCCGAGACACCCGCACGCAGCUCUACUCGGAGAUGCUGAAGAGCACGAAGGUCCGGAAGGAAACGUCAGCACCGUCGGCAGUGGUGCCUCCGGCGAAACCCAAGGCUGGCGGCAGCCUCAUACAGGCCAAAUCCAGUCCUGUGGAGCCACCCACACUGCCCCCGGGCCCCCCGGGUCCCCCCGGGCCCCCAAGUGCCCCUUGGCCCCCCGGGCCCCCAAGUGCCCCUUGGCCCCCCGGGCCCCCAAGUGCCCCAGGCCCUCCCCCCAAAGGCAUCCUCAUCGAUCCCAAGCAGCAGUAUGCGGCUGACAAAUCCAACUGGCGCAACGACCUCUACAAGCUGAUGAUGCUGCGCAUCUCCCCCUCGGUCGAAGGGCGCACUGUAGGGGAGGACUUCCUGGCCUCCGCCCAAAAGGCCCUCGCCGGCCAGAGGCUCUCCUGGGAGCUCCUGGCCGACCUCAGGCAGGCCCUGCUCAGCUCCCAGGAGAAGCUGAGCACAGAGCCCCCCGCCUGGAGGAAAUACAUGGAUGAUUUCGUCAAGCUCUCCCUGAAGGAGUCGUGGCUCCAGCCGUCGGAGGAGAGCUUGGAAGCCGUCUUGGCCGUGAGGACGGCUGAAGACAGGACCAGCAGCAGCUCGGAGCCGGAUGAGCCCAGCCAGGACGAGGCGGAGAAGGGGCCGCGGGGGAGAGCCACAGUGGCAAAGAAGAAGAGCCGCCGGCAUCGCGGAGCUAAAGUGGGAAAGCUACUCCAAGGGGCCUCCGAAAAAGAAGCGAAGCGCGUAGCUAAGUUGUCUGCGAAAUGGGGUGCCAGGAUGGAAGAGUUUUCCAAGGGCAAGCAGGAGUCGGUGACCAGGGCCGGGGAGCAGGAGCUUGCUUGGAGCAAAGAGCAGGUGCCUGCCAGGGCAAAGGAGCGGGAUCGCCCCCUGGAGAAGGAGCCCUCCAGAGGCAGAGCACGGGGAGCAGAGUCCUGGAGGCGGAAGGAACCGGAAGCUGCUGAAAGGGGAGGAAAAGAAGGGGCUGUGCAGAAGGCGGAAGGCUGGCCUGCAGGCGAGGAGGAGGAGGAGGAGGAGGAGGAAGCAGAGAGGGCCCAGGAGGAGCUGCCCAGCGUGGAAGAGCUGCCCCUCCCAGUGGGCUCCCAGAGGAUCCUGACCCGGCUGUCGGAGGACACGCUGACCAAGAUGAGGGUAGAAGUCAAGGCCAGGAUGAUGGAGGAACUGAAGGCCAGAGCUUUGCACGAGGCCCUGGGAAGGGUCAGGGAGAUUGCCCUGGCUGAAGCCCGCCAGGCGGCUCUGGCCGAGGCCAAAGGACGGGCAUUGCUCAGGGCCCAAAAGAAGGCCCUGGCGGAAGCUUGGGAGAAGGUGCUGGUGGAAGCCCAACAGACGGUGAUGGAGGAGGCGAUGGAGAGAGCGCUGGAGGAGGCGAAAAGGAUUGUCCAGGCCGAGGGACUGGAGGGGGACGUGGCGGAGGAAAGGCUGCAGGAACUGGUGCCGGUAAUAGCUGAGCAACUGGCCAAGGAAAGAGCCUUGGAGUUGGCCAUGUCGGCCAAAGUAGAGGUGGACGAGGCCAGAGUUCUGGAGCUGGCGGAGGAAGAGGCGAUAGAAAUAGAUGAGGCGAGACUUCUGGAAUUGGCUGAAGAAAGAGCCCAAGAACUGGCUGAGAUCAGGGCCCGGGAACUGGCUGAAGCCGCCAUGCUGGAGAUGCCAGAGGAAAGGCUCCUGGAGCUGGUGGAGGUAAGAGCCCAGCUGCUGGCCCAGGCAAAGCUAAUGGAGACGCAGCUGGAGCAGGAAGAGGAGGAGUGGGCCGAGAAAAGGGCCCCCUUCUUUGAUAAAGAGAAGGUGGGCUUCCCGGAGACCGUGGACGAUGAGAGCAUUUGGCUCCUCUCUGACGACGAAAGAGAAGCCUUGGUGACCCUCUGGGAGAUGGGCCAGGCUCUGGAGGCGGAGGCUGAGCUGACCGAGCAGGCCCAGCUGCUCCUGGAACUCCUGACUCAGCCAGAAAAGCUGCAGAGGAGGGAUUCCGCCACCUUCCAGACCCUCUUCCGCCUGGUGUCCCUGGUCGAGGUCCCCUCAACGGCACACCUGCAGGAGACGGCUGAUGCUGUGCUCCAAAAAGCCGAGGACCUGCUCAAGGAGGCUGAGCAGAGGCAGGAGCCCUUGUCAGAAGAACAGCAGUCUGUGCUCGGGCAGCUCAGGGAGGUGGUGGAGGCCCACAAGCCCUGGAAUGCCAGCCCCAGGCAAUAUGGCGCCCGGAUGAAGAAGCUCUUCAAGUCCGUCCAGGCUGUGCUGCGGGCCAGGAACCUAAAGCAGCGGCUGACCAACAAUGCCUGGCUGCAGGCUUGGCAGCAGAAGGCGGAGAAGGCCUGGGCUCAGGAGGAGGGCCGGGAAGAGCGCUGGAAGGAGCGCUGGGAGGAGCGCCGGAAGGAGGGCCGGGAAGAGCGCCGGAAGGAGGGCCGGGAAGAGCGCCGGAAGGAGGGCCGGGAAGAGCGUCAGGAGGAGCGCUGGAAGGAGGGCCGGGAGGAGCGCCGGAAGGAGGGCCGGGAGGAGCGUCAGGAGGAGCGCCGGAAGGAGGGCCGGGAGGAGCGCUGGGAGGAGGGCCGGGAAGAGCGUCAGGAGGAGCGCUGGAAGGAGGGCCGGGAGGAGCGCUGGGAGGAGGGCCGGGAAGAGCGUCAGGAGGAGCGCCAGGGGAAGCGCCAGGAACAGCGUUGGGAGGAGCGCCAGAAGAAAGACCGGAGGGCCUGGCUGAAGAAGAACCUCAGGCAGGCCUUUGGGAAGUUCCAGGCCGAGCAUGAAAGGGCUCAGCGGGCAAGACAGGAGCAGCUGCACAGGGAGAGGUGCCUCAAGUUCAGAUCACGGCCCAUUGUGCUGGGCUUCGCGGAAGGGGAAGCGGGGGCGAAGGGCCGGGCAGAGGAGCGGAGGGGAGAGGGCCCAGAGGCAGACAGGUGGCCGGGCGGGCAGAAGUCAUCCCUGAGGAAGCAGGUGGCAGCGAGGGACCACGGGAAGCUGACGUGGUCCCUGGGCCAGCAGUGGGAGAAGGCCUGGCAUGCCUUCCUGCAGAUGGAGAAGCUGAGCCCGGCCCUGGGCACCCCGCAGCCAACGGGGUACCGCCUGCCCAAAGACUCUCUGUACAAGACGACCAAGCCCACCAGGCGCCUCCAUCGGAAGAUGCUCCGGCGGGGCGGCCGGCAGCACAUCUUCCGCCUGGACGAGACCAGUGCGGUGGACUGGGAGGCCUUCAUGGGCCUCUACCUCUCCAUCGCCUCCAUGAAGGAGGAGGGAGUGGCGCCUGCCAGGUGGCAGAAGCAGGCGGCCACGCUGCUCGACCUCUACGGCGUGAGCAACCCGCUGGUGCGGGCCAUGAUCCAGCAGCUGCUGAUGGGCGACCAUCGUCAGCGCAGGUACGUGCCCAGCAGCUGCUUGAGACUGAAGAGGCAACAGGCCGACCUGGGCCAGAGGAUCCUCUACGAGAUGAUCGUCCACUCCGCCCAGCUUCGGCCCCCACAGCCGGUCUUCCACCACGUCAUCCCGCUCAGCUACCAGAACAACGUGCAGCCCUUCAAGAUGCAGGGCAUCACCCACUUUGGCCCCCUCUCCCUCAAGUGGAAGACCUCCUUCCCCCGGGGGAGACUGCCCAGGCUGAGCCUCUACGUGUAUUCACACCCCUCCUCCUCCUCCUAGCUUCCUGCUCUCUGUCCAUGCGGAUCCCUCCCUCCCCACAGACACGGAAGGAGGCUCUGCUUGGCUCCUUUCCUUGUUUAAAGGACAGCCUCGGAGAGUGGAGAGAAAUGGGGGUUUUUUUGGUGGGGGGGAGAGCAAUUUAUGCAAACUGUAAAAUAAAUUAGUU